GUUUGGACUUUUUACUUUUUCUUCCUUUUCUUUUCUGACACCCUUCUCUCUCUCUCACACACACACAUUGAGAGACCCUCAUAGGCACGCGCGCAGAAGCACAGACAAAUAGAGCAUUGGAUUGUGAUUGAACUCCAAACUUAUAGACAUAAUGGACAUAUUCAAUUGAGGGAAACUAUUUUCUUGAAUUAAUCUGGUAGAUUAAGUGUAAAGGGGUGGACUUGUUCUUGAUUCUUGAAGUCUUUAGGGCAUGGGAAAAAAAAAAUUGUGGGGAUUUUUCAGGGACUCCAUUGUUGCUGACAGGUGCAGCUUAUUGAUUGCUUUGAUUUGUAGAAUGUUAUAAGGUGUCUCAGUAUGGAUUUGGUUGAAUUAGGGGGAGCUUGUGCAGCUAAGCAGAUGUUUUAAUGAAUGACCAGACAGGAAAGUUAAAAAUAUGGAUAGACUGGAUUUAAGAUUCAAUCACUCUGGAGGAUCUGUGCAAUCAGAGGAGUCAGCCCUGGAUUUGGAGAGAAAUUGUUUCAACCACCUUCCUUUUUCAAGUCCACCACUGCAAGCCUUUCCAUCGGCUUGUCAAGUCGCUGAGAGCAAUGCUGCCUACUUCUCAUGGCCUUGCCGCUCGGAUGCUGCUGAGGACCGGACAAAUUACUUUGGUAACCUUCAGAAGGGGGUUUUACCUGAAACCCUGGGACGGCUCCCCACGGGACCACAAGCUACAACAUUGCUUGAAGUUAUGACCAUUAGGGCAUUCCAUAGCAAUAAUUUGCGCCGCUUUAGUCUUGGUACGGCAAUCGGAUUUCGUAUCCGGCGAGGUGCUUUGACAGACAUACCAGCUAUUCUUGUCUUUGUUGCCAGAAAAGUUCACAGGCAAUGGCUUAGCCUUGUCCAAUGUCUUCCGGCUUUUCUUGAGGGACCAGGUGGUGUUUGGUGUGAUGUUGAUGUUGUGGAGUUCUCAUACUUUGGGGCACCGGCAGCAACUCCAAAGGAACAGCUAUAUGAUGAACUUGUUGAUGGUUUACGGGGAAGUGAUCCAUGCAUUGGUUCUGGUUCCCAGGUUGCUAAUCAAGAAACAUAUGGAACCUUGGGAGCAAUUGUUAGAAGUCGGACAGGAAACAGGCAGGUUGGUUUCCUUACCAAUCGUCAUGUAGCAGUUGACUUGGAUUUUCCGAGCCAGAAAAUGUUUCAUCCUCUGCCACCUAGCCUGGGUCCUGGGGUGUAUUUAGGUGCUGUGGAGAGGGCUACAUCCUUCAUAACAGAUGAUCGUUGGUAUGACAUAUUUGCUGGUACAAACCCAGAAACAUUUGUUCGAGCUGAUGGAGCAUUUAUUCCAUUUGCAGAAGAUUUUGACAUGUCGAAUGUAAGGACGUCUGUGAAAGGAAUAGGAGACAUAGGUGAUGUCAAUAAAAUAGACUUACAGUCUCCUGUUGGUAGCGUCAUUGGUAGGCAAGUGGUGAAAGUUGGAAGGAGCUCCGGUCUAACAACUGGGAACAUUAUGGCGUAUGCCUUGGAGUAUAAUGACGAAAAAGGAAUGUGUUUCUUUACAGAUUUUCUAGUUGUUGGUGAGAACCAGCAGACUUUUGAUCUUGAAGGUGACAGUGGUAGCCUCAUUCUCUUGACUAGCCCGAACGGGGAGAAGCCACAACCUAUUGGAAUAAUUUGGGGUGGAACUGCCAAUCGAGGUCGUUUGAAAUUGAAAGUUGGCCAGCCUCCUGAGAAUUGGACUAGUGGUGUUGACUUGGGGCGCCUCCUUGAUCUUCUUGAACUUGAUCUCAUUACAUCCAAUGAGAGUCUCCAAGUUGCAUUGCAAGAGCAAAUAGAUGCAUCAGCUGCGGGUAUUGGUUCUGCCGUUGGAGAGUCGUCACCAGCAGAGCGGAAUCAAUCGAAAGAUAAAGAUGACGAACACUUUGAGCCAAUCAAUUUAAACGUCCGACAAGAUCCCAUUGAUGAUGAGUCUGAUGAAGGGGUAGUUCCGCCACUCCAGCAUCGAGACGUUCACAUUCAGGGUGGAAAUAAAGCAACUCCCUGCAUUGAGCAUCAGUUUAUCCCAAGUGUCUCUGGUACUUCUCUAGUACGCAGGAAGAUUCAACAUGGAAAUGGGGAAUUGAAAAGACUCUUGGUGAUAGGAGGGUCGGAUGAAGAGAUGUAUGUUUCUUUGCAGUUAGGGGAGCGCGAAACAAAGAGAAGGAAACAAUGAUGAUUCUCAGUUUGCCAAUAGCAGCCAAAAUAAAAAGUGAAUUGCCUCAUUUUAUUUGCUUCAUUUUGUCCUUGGGAGGAUCAAUCAUGCACUGGACUGUGAGGACUUGGGGAGAUUUUGAGCUCCUAGGAGAAACGAAGCCUCCCAGUAAUGAGUAUUAUUAUUCCUUUUUUCACCUUUAAUUUAUGAAGCUACAUCUAAAGGUUAGAUAUUAAGUUGUACAAUAUGUAAGAAAUAUGUUUAGAAGGGAACUGCCAUCUAUUUUUAUCUGGUUGUAUCAUUUCUGUGAAGCUGUCAUACAAAAUCUAUGAAGUGGAGGAAGCCCCAGAAACUGUUACUAUGAUGAACUGCCAUUUGUAUCGAUCUCUUAACGCACAAGAAAGCUAAGUGAAUGUGCAACUCUCCAGGGAAGUAAUACGAAAGAAUAUUUUGAGCAACUGCAUGGAUUCAGCAGAAACUGGAUAUGUAGAAUAUGGCAUUUGGGCUUUCAAGGCAAUGAGGAAUGUAUAGCUAAAAAGUCCAUGUUCGCGUUGCUUUGGAUUAUACACCAUGAUUUAUGGAAAUUGUUCCCUUUUUAGGAUCACCAAAUUUUAUUCCUACUUUUAAACGUUAUACAAAUAUAACUUUUGAGACUGACAAAA